AUGGCUACCAACACUCCCUCUCACAAAGCCUUUGGCAUCACCAACAUCAAGACUUAUGUACCACUCAUUCUUGAUCUCGACCGACUUAACUACGAUGCGUGGAGAGAACUCUUUACCACUCAUUGUGUUGGGUUCGAUGUGAUCGAUCACAUAGAUGCGUCUACCACAACACCGACUGCUGCGGAAUGGAAGAAAGUAGACUCGAUUGUUAAACUAUGGAUUGACGGUUCUAUCUCACAAUCGCUUCUUCAGAUGGUACUCAAGAAAGACUCCACCGCACUUCAAGUGUGGAACAACCUCGAAACUCUUUUUCAUGACAACAAGGACGCGAAGAGCAUGCAGACCGAUAACGAGCUCCGAAACAUCGUCAUGGGAGACCUCACCGUCACCGCAUAUUGCACCAAAAUCAAAGCCUUAGCAGACCUUCUUGCCAACCUUGAUCCGGAUUCCACAAUUCCCGACAAGCAUUUGGUUAUCUACACAAUCAAUGGCUUGUCGUCUAAAUUCGAUCCCGUCGCUAACAUCAUACGGUACCGUUCUCCGCUUCCGACCUUCAUUGAAACCCUGUCGAUGUUACUCAUGGAAGAACAACGUAUGUCAAGUCCUCGACUGGUGCACACCGAAAAUUCCACCAACUCCUCCUUGCCGACUAUUUGGCACACGGGACACGGCUCGUCAAACCGGCCUAACAACCGCAGUCCAGAUCGCCGCCAACAGCCUCCGACGACCGUCCCAAACCAGCCUUACGGCUGGGUAUUUAUUCCUCCACCGGAGUUGCAACAAUAG